CUUACAAGUAGUAGAUUUUUGUUUCAAAUUUGAGUAGUACGUCUACAUUUCACAGAACAACAAGCUGUAAAGAUGUUGUUGGCUGCCCGCCUUUGGUUCUGGUUGUGGUUCGGGGGCGUAGAAGUAUUUCUUUUCCAAGUCCGAUCCCCCAGUACUUCUGCCACUGCGUCAGCAGCAGGGUCUACGACUGCUGCGCCGGUCGGUGUAGUUGCAGCCACAACCUCCAGACUUGCUCCCAACGUCCCUUUAGUGAUUGAAAGCGACGGGGAGGUCGAGUAUACAAGGACAACGACCUCUCUGUACAGAAGUUCAACUACUGGCACAAGCUCGAAGAACGUGGAACAAGAUCGCGGUAGGGAGAGAACAGCGCCACGGCUUAUUUCCAGUGACGAGGAGGACCAUGUCGCCAGUAGAAGAAGCGGUUCAACCCAAGAAGAACUCCUGACAAGAACGGUUCCACCCUCUGUUCAUAAUUCUGCCUCCUCCUCGCCUGCGCAUCCAGAACUCCCGCUUUUGACCUGCAGCUACAAUGAAGAGUGGAAUGCGUUCCGCAAGCUUCUUCUCAACAACGAGGAUGAUAAUGACGCCGAAAUUAUAAACGAGCACGCUGGGUUCGGCAAAUUUAUCAAAUGCAAAAAUGUCUGGGUCUGGAAGAUUCUGAGACUUGUCAUGUACGGUUUGCAUGAGCCAUGACGCUUGUGACGCAUGCCCUAGCAUCACAGGUUUUUUUGAGGGAUUCUUGAUGCUUAUUCCGCAUGACACAAAAAUUAGAAUCUUUUGUUGCUCAUGCAACACAAAUUUUUUAGACAUCCAAAUGCAGCAUCACAAGUUGCAUUCUUCCAGACCCAGACAUUUUUGCAUUUGAUAAAAUUCAACGAGGAACUAUACGCCCACGCGGACUACCUGGUCGGGAAGCAUUUUAAGGCGUUCAUGGAGUUCAAACUAUGGAUUGCAAAUAUCCCUGGAUGUCUGGAAGCGUGGAGCUUGUAAUGCUGUCUGCGGAUUCUAAAAAUGUCUGUGUUGCAUGAGCAGCAUCAAGAGGAGUCAGUUCUUGGCACGCGGAGAGCACGGCAUUUCUCAUGCGUAAUUAGCAUCAAGAAGCUCCCAAAAAAUCUGUGAUGCUAGCACUAGUAUCACAGACCUCACGGGUCAUGCAAAAUGUGCAUGACAAGCCUAGCCCCGACUCUUCCAGACAUCCAGGGAUUUUUGCAGUUGAUACAACCAGUCGAAAAGCAACGAGUUUUUCUUCGACUGCAGCCGGAAGGAAAUUUAUCAAAGAAAAAAAGUUCGUCACGACUCAACAUGCGCAUUCUUGCAAUACAAAAUUGUUUGUCAUGCGUAAAAAUGCAUCACAGCCAAACUUCAUUAGGGAUUUCCAUGGUGUUUCUGCAAUACAAGGAAAGUUUGUGAUGCUGAGAAAAUUUGUAAUGCAAAACCUGCAAGUUAGUGACAUGACUGUGACAAAAUUUUUUCUCUCCAUAAAAUUGUGGGGAAAAUCUGUUACUUUGGCAUGCUAAACGCGUUUGCGAUACAGUACAGAUAUUUGAAGAUGAAGGUCCUGCUGGCGGAAUGGACAAACCAGGAUUGGGUCGUCGAGCAGAAGGAGGAGGACGAGGGCCGUCGUGAAAUUAUUAAAUCUGCGGAAGGGAGGACAACCACCGCCACGACGCUAACACAAACCGCACCGCUAUGGAUCUGUCAGGUUCGAAAUCGACAAAGUUGAAAUAAUUUGCCAUGCAUAAAAUGGAUGCCAGUUGGAGCCCAGUUUCCAAGCGGCGCAUGACAAAUUUUCGUAGAGCCUAAAUCCAGUUUGUCAUGCUGUUUGGGUAAGGGCGACGCCUUUAGUCAUGCUACUUUAGCAGCUCUAUUUCUCCUCUUCAGCAGGCUUACAAUCUGCCUCCCUUGCGUCCUCUGCAAUAGAGGCAAUUUUUGCGUUGCAUUUUAUGCAUGACAAAGUAUUUCAACUUUGACGAUUUCGAUCCUGACACAUCCAUAACCGCCAUCGGCUGCCACGGCGACCAGCACCCGAGGAGAGAGGCAGAUUAUGGAGGAAGUGAGAAGCUUUUUGCAGCUUCUACUGAUGAACAAGAACAACUUAUCAUUUGUAAAAACGUCGGUCCCCACCUCAGAGUCAAGAUGGGGAUUUUGCAACACAAACCUUAAAGCUUUGGGAGCCACGCAUGACAAGUUCUUGCAGACUGUGGUGUAAUGCAGUUUAGCAAGGGAAGCCGCAUAACAAAUCCAUCUCCUUAUCCUGUUCACAGCAUUACAAGUUUCAAAACACAAAAAUGGGAAAUGCCUCUCAUGGAGAUGCGCAUUACAAAUGCUCUUGUGCUUGCAGAUCUGCAUGACAACUCUGGGGAUGUUUUUGCACAGCAUACAAUUGCUUGGAUUUUCUCGACGAGUCCGGGUGGCCGACAAUCGCGAUCAAGUCGCUGUUUGAGGAGGUCCGACCGGAAGUAGAGUCACGGCAAAAAUUUCUCGUGCCGGGCGCGGAGCACGACGAGAAAGAGCGAACCUCUGCGGACGGCCACAACUUAUCAAAUGCAAAAAUGUCUGGGUCUGGAGGAUUGCCAGGUUUGUCAUGCAUAUUUUGCAUGACCCAGGAUGUCUGUAAUGCGGGACCCAGUAUCACAGAUUUUUAGAGGGCUUCCUGAUGCCUACUCCGCAUGACAAACGCCCUCCCCGCGGAGCACAGACUAGAUUCCUCUUGCUGGUCAUACAAUACAGAUUUGUUUAGAGUCCAAAGUUAGCAUCACAAGUUCCAACCUUCCAGACUCAGACACUUUUACAUUUGAUACAACUUCUCGCAGCACGACAACUUCUCGCACAGAAGAAGUAAGUGGCAAAAAGUCGAGGAGCUGUUUCCCGUGCAGACCGCCAAGACUUUAGCAUCCGAGUUUUACUACAGUCAGGACCUGUUCUACUCAAACUCGGACCGGGUUGCGUCUUACACCUUCAGGCAGACGCGUCAAGAGAGGAUGCGGGAGGUGGUGAUCUACGCAACAGGUAUCGUCUAUAGUGCUGCAAAUAGAAAAAGAAAUACUAAAGCGGUUAUUUUUUUUUUCUUGUUUGUGAUACAAAAUAAACAAAUUUGAUGCAGCUGACACAUUAUUUGUGCAUGCUACAAGUACAACAGCAUGCUAAGCGCUCCCUUUGUGCUUCCCACAUGAAGCUCGGUUUCUUCCAAUUUUCGCGAAAAUAAACCAAUCCAAAAGAGGGACCCACUCGAGCCUAGCGCAAGAGCCGAUGAUAUCCCACGAAAAAAGUGUUACAGUUACACAUUUGUUGUCAAUUCAGCAACACAAAUUUCUCUGCAUGAGAGAGAAAACUUGUAAUGCAGAAAUCCUACGGGAAUGGGAAAACACCUAUGAAACAGCGCUCCUAUGCAUAUCCGGCAUGACAGAGCUUGUCUGUCUUGCUUGGCCUGCAUAGACUAUGUGUGUAACUGUCACACUUUUUUCUCACGAUAGAUGACUAUGCUAUCCGAGUACGUGUCGGACAAUUUGAACUUCGGAAGUUCUGUAUUACAGUGCACAACUCCCCCUCCCCCUCAUUUGUAUAGCAUAAACGGCAAUAAAAGCAUCAGCAAGAAUGCCGGUUUUGCAUGACAGAUUAUUUGCGCUGGAGUGUAGUGCUAUUUGGGCUACCAGAACUUGUCAUGCAACCAGUGCCAAGAAGCAAGCGGUGGAUUGGGUAUUUUGCAUGACAAAUGAGGAGGAGGGGGAGUUGUGCACUGUUAUAUUCUGAUGCGUCGUCGUCCUCCAGCAUGGGUAAAAAUUCUGGUGGCGGUGAAGAUCAUCAUCAUGGGUUCUUGCGGCCCAGCAUGACAAGUGAAGUCCGCAUUCGACCGAUUUACGAAAUCAUCGACUCCACGCACUGUCAGUUCUUCUCCAAUACACAGGAAUGCGAACAGAAGAGUGGGCGGCCACAGUCCUCGUCGUCAAAAACGACCUCUUCGCACUACAUCGGCUUUCAGGAGGUUUCUACGAAAUACUUCACCUUAUGAACUGCAAAAGUAUCGUACUAGUAUCUUUCAAUUGCAUUACAAAUUAGCCCAGCAUUACAAUAUUGAAUUUGUAAUGUUGAUUUUCCUUGAGAGCGAGAUUUGUAAUGCAUAAAUGCAAUUCCUACGAGGACGAUACUUUUGCACAGGAUACAUCUCUGUGUGGGGCAAUCUGCUGAUCGAAAACUACCUGGAGUUUGAGAGAGAGAUCCAGGAAAGAUUCGAGGCGAAGUAUCGUAAGGAAAAAUCUCCCCUCCCCAUAUCAAAAGGAAGUUUCUGAUGCUGGAUUUGCGUACACAAAUCAGAUCUGUCUUUCAGAAAGUGCUUCGCGGCAUUUUCUAAGCCAGUUUGGAUAUGCAGAAGGCUAGCAAUUGGGCAUAACAAACAGGUUUGCAGUAGUCACAAGCGCAUGACAGACUGGCUGUGGAAUGCGCCACUUUGCUCCCAUUACCCAAGAGGCAAGACAGAGGGCAUUUGUGACCACAAAUCGGCAUCACAAAUUUCCUUUUUGAUAUGCAUGGGGAGGGGGGAUUUUUCCUUUUAAUGCGAAGUAUUCAUCAUCAUCUUCUACUUCCGGAAGGACGAGGACUAUUAGCGGCAGCGCAGAAAUACCAAGGGACGAGAUCAUUGAAAACAACGACAACUACCCGGACAUUAUCCUGUGCAGCAGCCCGGCCAUUAUGUGCAAUAUUUUCGCAAAGUAUUUAGACAAGAUCCCUUAUGCAAGUGUCAGAAUCGAAAUUGACAAAGUCGAAAAAUUUGUGAUGCACAAAAUCGAUGCCAGUCGGAGCCUCAGUGCCCAAAUCCAGUCUGUCAUGCUGUUUGGGCAAAGAAGACUACUCCUGUCAUGCUACUCUGGCAGCACAUUGCAUACUCCUAAACAGGCUUACGCUUACAAUCGGUCUCAUUUGCCAGCUCCCCAAUGCAGGCCUUCAGUGCCCUACAUUCUAUGCAUCGCAAAUUAUUCGACUUUGUCGAUUUCGAUCCUGACACGCCCAUAUCCCUCUCCUUGGCUACAUCGGCGAGCCGCUUCUUCUCGCUGUGGAAAAGAGUCUGCAUGAUUUUUGGUUCAAGCAGUUCGAGCGGCUGGUCAUAUGCAUUGCAAAAGCAUAGUACUAGUGGAAAUCGCAUUACAAAUUCGGUCAGCAUAGGAAAUAGAAUUUGCCAUGCUGUUUCACCUUGGGAUGGAGAUUUGUAAUGCAUGACUGCGAUUACUACGAGUGCGAUACUUUUUCACAGGAUAGGUCAACAGGAAAAGCAACACGUUUUUCGCCGUCUACAACCCGUUUUUGAAGCACUAUCAAAUGUAAAAAUGUCUGGGUCUGGAAGGGUUGGAACUUGUGAUGCAAACUCUGGAACACACAAAAAUUUGUGUUGCAUGAGCGCCAAAAGCUGUCCAUUUCUUGGCACGCAAGUAGGAAGUUUCUCAUGCGGGACAGGCAUCAUGAGGCGUGCUCAAAACCUGUGAUGCUUUUGCCUGCAUCAGACGCCAUUUGCGUGAUCCGAAAUAUGCAUGAGAAAUCUCGCAAUCUUCCAGACCCAGACAUUUUUACAUUUGAUAAGCACAUAUCAAAUGCAAAUAUCGAUCUCAGUCUGGUGGAAAGUUGGAACUUGUAAUGCCAGCCCUACACUAGUACUACUCCGGUAAUAAAAUCUGAUGUAUUGCCUGACCAACAAAAGAGGCCGCCCUCUUUUGUCAUACAAAAGCGCAGUUUCUCAUGUUGCGGAUUGCGCAUGAGAAACAAGUGUUUCGCAGACCUGUCAUGCUUGGCUGCAUUGGGAAGCAUUUUGAUCCUCCACAAUUCAGCAUCACAAGGUUCCAUACCAAGAUGUCAUAUUUGCAUUUGAUAGAACAUGAUUCGGUACCAAACCGGAUUGGAUCUUCCGGCGAUUCGGGUGAGCGGGAAAUACACCGGAAUGCAGUAUGGUUGGAAGGAAACGCAAGUCGGAACUACAACCGCGAAGAAGAACCAAUUUGACAUCCUCGUUGCGAAAGGGCCAAACAUUUGCGUGGACCCGAUUUGCUUGCUGAAAAAGACCGCCGACGAGACUAGGAAAGUACAACAUUCAUCGUGGAAGAACGACAAAGCAUCAAACAACGAAGAAGAUGGGCGGUACUACGGUUCAACUUACACGAUGAAGAAAAUGCACACCUCUACUAACUCGACCUCCACUCAUAUGACAGUGCACAACCCCCCCUCCCCCUCAUUUGUGCUGAAAAAUACCCAAUCCACCACCUGCGAAGAAGCACUGUUUGCAUGACAAAUUCCGGAACCUGAAACAGCACUACAGUCUGUGUGUAGAUUUGUCAUGCGGUUGGCCCAUCUCUGUCGUUGCUUGUGUUGCCGUUCAUGCAUUGCCAAUGAGGGGGAGGGGGAAUUGUGCAUUUUUAUAGCUCAUCUCGCUGAGGACGAUGACUACGACGUACUGAACGGUAAUCCAGUCGUAUCGCAAGAAAGAAGUGUUACAGUUACACACAUAGUCUAUGCAGGCCAAGCAAGACAGACAAGCUCCGUCAUGCCGGAUACGCAUAGAAGCCUCGUUUCAUAGGUGUUUUCUCGUAGGAUUUCUGCAUUACAAGUUUUCUGUCUCAUGCAGAGAAAUUUGUGUUGCUGAAUUGACUACAAGUGUGUAUACUGUAACACUUUUUUCUCAGGAUAAGUCGCUUUCGCCGUCACGGAAGAACAGGAGACGAUGGUCCAGCAAGAAUUUUUAACUGCAGCUCAUCAAGAAGAAGCUGGUGCCUCGUCGGAAGUAGAAGUUGCGGGCUCUAUCACAACGACUACUUCACACGACGACGGUAUUAAAAAUGUUGCAGAUGAAGAUGAAAUAAAGCUUUCUACUGCACAACCUCCCACAGCAAGAAUUGCUUCAGAAACUCCUCCUGCGGCUAGAAGUACUUUAUCCGACACAGUAAAAAUUAUGCCAAGAACUACACCAGAGGAUGUGUCCUCGCGAGGAGGGCUUGUGUCCAAGAAGACCUUCCGUUUCUUUGGCCUCGACGAGUUCGGCCCACAACACGGGAGCAAGCGCUUGUCUCACAGCGACAUGGCAAGUCGGUUUUACGCGGUAGUGAUGUAUCCCUACGACGUUUCUCUUAUGCUCUUUUACGAACUGUACUCUGCCGCGGUUCCGAUUUUCCUACCUGAUCGCGAGUACCUGAAAUUCUUCGUCUUUCGCGGGUUACACGCAUACAGGCAGCACCACGUGGUUUAUGAUUCAUCUUCCGGAGUAGAAAAUGAAAAUCUAAAUCACAAUCAUGUCGGGGACGACAUGAAAAAACCAGGCACUUCCUCCUCUUCCUCCUCUAACGCUGCAGCAAGAAUCAGAAAAGGGGACUACUUGAACGUUUCCCCGUUUUUCGCGUCUUUGGAAGCGGCGCAGUUUUUUGAAGGGAGCGACUUCUGGGCAAAAUUUACGGACUUUUACCAGUUCAGGCAUUUAGGUAGGUUCCGUAACGUCCGGGAGUUGUUGUGGAAAUUGGAAAACUUUGACAACUACGGAACUUCGCGAAAAAUGCGAAAAAUGGCCGAUAAAAUCUUCGCAAGGAGCGUCUUUUCCUGGGCACAGGUACUACAAAGGUUUUUGUAGAGUAAGUUGUACUUGCAGCUCUUGGACUGGAUGGAUAGGAAGAGCUGAACUCAUGACAUGCGUUUUUAUUUCGGCAGCAUAUUGUUUGAAAAUGAUAAUGAAUGUGAAUUUUAUUCCCCAGCAGCACAAAGGACCAGCUGGCAGAACAAAAGCAAAACUUUAUUCGUUGUGCUGAUGCGAGUGAACUCUUGUUCCGUUCACCUUUUCUUCGACUUGCACAUACUAGACCUUCGAACUAACAAUCAAGAAUGACG